UAUGUAAAAUGUGAGUAGUAAUAAGGACAGAAAAAGAAAACGAUCAACGAUUCCAUUUAGAAGCUUCUAGAAUAGCCUGUCCCGGGGGCUAUUCUUGCCGCUUUGCACUGAGCCAUACGCAUACCCUUACUUAGUGCGCUCCAUAUCGACUCAAACCCUAGAAACCCUCCGUCGAUCGAGCGCCAUGGACGCCGCGAGCUUGAACCAACUGAAGCAAUUCGUCGAACAGUGCCAGUCCAAACCCUCAAUCCUCGCCGAUCCUUCUCUCUCCUUCUUCAGAGACUACCUCGAAAGCCUCGGGUGUAAGCUUCCACCGUCUGCUUAUGAAGGGUCUUCUAAUACCAAAUCGAAGCCUUAUGUUGUGGACGAGAGUGAUGAGGACGUGGAGGACAUUGAGGAGGAACAUCGACCACAAGAAGCUGCUGUUGAAGAGGAAGAAGAUGAGAUAGUUGAAUCUGAUGUGGAGCUCGACGGUGAAACAGUGGAACCUGACAAUGAUGCCCCUCAGAAGAUGGGAGACUCUACUGUCGAGGUCACAGAGGAAAAUCGUGAUGCUUCCCAGGAGGCUAAGGCUCAGGCCUUGGAGGCAAUUUCUGAAGGAAAGUUGGAGGAGGCAAUAGAGCAUCUAACACAAGCAAUUAUGCUCAACCCAACCUCAGCAAUUAUGUAUGCAACCAGAGCUACUGUAUACAUCAAAAUGAAGAAACCUAAUGCUGCCAUCCGAGAUUCCAAUGCUGCUUUAGAGAUCAAUCCAGAUUCUGCUAAAGGAUACAAAUCCCGUGGCAUGGCUCGUGCACUGCUUGGUCAAUGGGAAGAGGCUGCUAAGGAUCUUCACCUGGCAUCAAAACUGGACUUUGAUGAGGAACUAAGUGCCGUACUAAAGAAGGUCGAACCCAAUGCUCACAAACUUGAGGAACACCGUAGGAAGUAUGACAGGUUGCAUAAAGAACGGGAGGACAGAAAGAACGAGCGGGGGAGACAACGUCGCCGUGCUGAAGCUCAGGCUGCAUAUGAGAAGGCUAAGAAACAAGAACAGUCAUCUUCAAGUAGAAGGGCAGGAGGGAUGCCUGGUGGAAUGCCUGGUGGAUUUCCUGGUGGAAUGCCUGGUGGGUUUCCUGGUGGAAUGCCAGGUGGCUUUCCUGGGGGUAUGCCAGGUGGCUUUCCUGGUGGCAUGCCAGGUGGUUCCCCUGGUGGCAUGCCAGGAGGAAUGCCUAAUAUGGACUACAGCAACAUAUUGAAUGACCCUGAAUUGAUGGCCGCAUUCAGCGAUCCAGAAGUCAUGGCUGCUCUUCAAGAUGUGAUGAAGAAUCCGGCUAAUCUUGCAAAACAUCAAUCAAAUCCCAAGGUGGCUCCCAUAAUUGCAAAAAUGAUGGGCAAAUUCGGUGGACCAAAGUAAAAAUUGGAUAAUUUGUUUUUGUAGUCAGGCUACCUUUGGUUUGCUAUGGUGAGAGUUCUGCUUUUAAAGUUGAUCCCUAAACACUCAGAUGUUUUGUCUUAUACAAGAGUGUAUUAACUGUCAUAUUUUCUUGUCUGGGAGCAUGCCCUUCAGUUUGGUGUUUUUGAUACUAUCCAUCGUUCGCCAAUUAUGUUACGGAAAUAGGGUAAUUGCUUC